AGCUCAAAACAGCAAGGACGAAGUAGAAUAAGCGUAUGCUAUGUUUUAGUUUUCCCGUGGAAAACGGGAGAUCCGUGGAUAAAAAUGCUCCAGAGUGACUCUGUGAAGCUUUAAGUAUUACUUGGGUGAAUUUUUUUUGAAAAAAAUUCUGGAAAAUGUGGCACGAAGCGAGAAGGCAAGAGAAGAAAUUGCGCGGAAUGAUGGUAGAUUACCGUAAAAGGGCUGAGCGUAGAAGAGCUUUCUACGAAAGAAUGAAACAAGAUCCAACUCAGUUCCUGAGAGUAUAUGGACAGAAAUAUAAAAUCCAUAUAGAUCCACAGUUGUCUUCAGCAGGAGAUGGGAAAACUGUAAUGAUGCCAUGGCAAGGUGACUCAAAUAAUAUGAUUGACAGGUUUGAUGUUCGAGCCCACCUUGAUAUUAUCCCAGAACAGUCAUCAUCGAGUUCUAUUGGAGCCUUGAUGGAAACUGAUCCAGAGGAAAACAGAUUGAAUUAUGAAAGAUACAGGACAUUGGUAAUGAUUGAUUACAGUGGAGCCUCAGAGGAGUCUUAUCUUCGGCAGUUAGAAAUAGAAGAAAUGUAUGGAGCCAAGAAAGCUGAUGAGAAAAAAGACAAAGAAAAGAGUCAAGCUAAAGCCACGAUUGGCUUCACAUAUGACAACACCAAAAGUGUUGGGGAUUCUGACAAGGAUGAUGAUGACGAUGAUAGUGGCAGCGAUAGUGACAGUAUCCUCAGUGAUAUAGAUGUUACAGUGGAUGUGGAUGAAAUUGAUACAAACCAGAGAGAAACCCUAGACACUCGAGGCCUCCAUUAUGGUAUGGCAUCGGCACAAUUCUGCAGAAAACUGAAAGAAGAUAAAGAGGAGUUGGAAGAACAACGCAGACUUCGACAACAAGAAGAGGAACGUUCACUUGUAACUGGUCGGCGAGCCCGUCGUGAAAGACGUUCAUUGCGAGAAAGGCAGAGAAGGAGAGCGCAUGAUGUAGAACUGUCACCACCAAGUUACGCCAGAAAAGCAAGCCCUACUUAUGAACCAUAUAGGAGGUCUUCCUCUCGUUCAUCGUCCAGAUCGCCAUCACCAGAAAACGCUGGGAAAGUGGAGUUUAUAACGGAAUUCAGCCAUUCAUCGACCGAUCAGCCUUCCACGAAAGCGAGCGGUGAUUCACACUCGCGUUCAUCUUCCUCCCGUACUUCUGAACGAAAGAAAUCGAAGGAGCGUGACAGGUCGCAGUCACACAAGAAACAGAGAAGUAGAACACGCUCACGGUCACGCGACCGCGAUCGACGGCGUUAUCAUGGUAGAUCGCGUGACAGAUCCCGCGAGAAAAGUAGGUCACGCGAGAGAAGUCGUUCACGUGACAGAAGCCGCUCACGUGACAGAGAUCGUCACGGUGCUCGUGGGCGUGACAGGCAUAGACACCAGAGUCGCAGUAGAAGCCGAAGUCAUGAACGUGAUCGUGAUCGGCGAGAGCGUGACAGUGACCGUGACAACAAGGAACGAAAAAAGCAGCCGUCCAAGGGACUGGGGUUGUUGAAAAACAAAGCAACACCAUCCUUAGGCAACAAGGAAAAGUUGAGUGCCCAAGAAAAGAUGAAAAAACGAAUGCAAAUGAUGCUCAACAAUCAACUGAAAUCAGACAGAAAAGAGGAUAGACGAAAACGAGAAGUAAAAGAACAGGAGAGACGGGAACGCGAGGAUGACCUUCGCGAGAUGCAGCGGAAGUGGCGUGAACGAGAUAGGGACAGAUACGACACAAGUCGGUCGCCUUCCCCAAGAGGAAGGCGAAGAAGUGUAUCUAGCUCUCCACCGCGGAGAAAACACAGAAGUAGGUCCCGAUCUAGAUCGCCCCUCGAACCUCAGACAAUUCCUAUUGUAGAUAUCGAUGCACAUGCUAUGGGAGAAGAUGUCGUUGAGUACGUUUACCCUGUGAAAGAGUCCAAUUGAUGCAUCCCUCAUCACUCCUUUCCUGCCUGAAGAAAACAGCCCCUUUUCAUGAAAGAAAGACCCUCAGUGGAAGCUGAGCUCUUGAGAAGGAAGUGAAGUCGAGUUCAGAGGAAAAUUUGAACAAAGAUAGGGUCGGACUAAACGAAAUGUAACGUCAUGAGGAAUGUGGGAACCAAUCACGGCACAAAGCUUGAAUAUUUUGUAGUUGUUCAACUUUGUGAAUUGGUUAGAUGCAAUAACCAAACUUCGAAGCCAAUAUCCAUUCGGGGUGUGGCUAAUUAAUAGGGACCUUAAGCAGUCAGGACGGCAACGCCAAGGAAGACUUCGAUUAAAAAAUGAAUUUCUACUCUUA